ACAAAAAAAAAAUUUACAAAAUUUAGUUUUGAAGUUGCAAUUUUUCACUUAAUACUUAUGCGUUACACAUUGCACAUAUUAUCUGAAACUUAAUACACACAUAUAUAGUUAACACAUAUAUAAAACAUAAAGUCUAUUGGAAAUGACAACUUUAAAUGAAUAUUCAUUGCAAACGCGUUUGGAUCGUAGAAAAGGAACAAUGUCAGAGGUGGAUCGCGCCCAAUAUGAAAAAGAGCAGACAGAGUGCAUCACAAAGGCAAUCAAAAAUGAAGAGUCUGCGGCCAAGGAAAAACAUGUUAGGCGAGCAAUUAUAGGAACAUGGCAAGAGAGAGGGAACUCUAUGUUUUGGUUGAUUCUUGGUAAACAGCCUCUUCCAUCACAGCCUAUCCUUUGUUGGAAAUCUAUGCUUGUGCUGCAUAAAAUAUUGCGUGAAGGUCAUCCAAAUGUUCUACGUGACUCUUAUCAGUAUAAAAAAACAUUGAGAGAUUUGUUGAGUGUAUAUAAAUUUCAGGGUGGAGCCUAUGGUACACUUGUUUGCGAAUACUUAAAAAUAUUACUGACCAAGCUGGACAUUCAUCAUAAAUAUCCUGGAAUACCUGGUGCUCUUACAUCAUCAUCUGAAACCACAAUGAAAAUUCCAGAUAGUGAUGUGAAUGAUGUAUUUACAUUUGCAGUUGAGUGUCUGGAUUAUCAAGACCUGCUUUUAACAUUUGAAGAAAAUAUUUUGAAGACUUUGGACAAGUCAAGAAAUAAUUCACAGACUGCAAGUUCACAAUGCAAGAUUGCUAUACUAGUUCCAAUUUUAAAAGAAUGCAGUGGAAUUUAUGAUAUCUUGGUACUUGUUGUUGGAAAGCUACAUAAAAGUGUUCCCCAUGACACAUUAGAAGGUCACAGAGGAAGGUUUAACGUCCAACACAAGAGAAUGAAGACUUUUUGCACAUGUGCAGGAGGAAUGACAUAUAUCACGAAUCUUAUUGAAAUUCCAGUUAUUCCUGAGAAUCCACCAAAUUUUUUGAAUAAUAAAUAUCAACCAAAACAAGAAUUAAAAACAGUUAAAGAAGAGCCUAAACCGGCUCCACUGCUUCCUCAUGUUGAUGAAAGGGAUCUUUUGAUUGAUCAGUUGAUGAAAGAAAUUGAUGAGUUGCGAAAACAAUUAGAACUUGCAGAGACGCAGUUUAAUGAUAUGGAAAACAACUUGCGGAUGCAAAUUCAUAAACUUCAAGAAGAACUCAGAAAAAUUCAAAUGCUUGCUAAACAGAUAACAGAGGAAAAUUCUUUUCUGAAAGAUCAACUAGAUAAUAAUAACAAAGGAGAUAGCGAAUUACAAGAGAAAGCUAAAUCAGCUGAUGAAAAGUUCAAUAAGCUUAAAGAUCUAUAUGGUAAACUCCGUAAUGAUCACAUUGAUCUUUUAAGAAAGAAUGCUGAGUUCAAAAAUAAAGUCGAAGCACAUGAGAAAUCAAAAAAAGAAUUGGAUGAGUCCAUAAAUCUGUUAAAGACACAAUUAUCCACAAAGGACAAUGAAAUUCAACGAUUGUCAUCAAAUCUUGAUGAUUUGGAAAAAAUGAACCAGAAAUUGAUGAUUGAUUUUGGAAACAGUGAUGAAGCUUAUAAAAAUCAGUUAAAUAAUCAAUUGGACCAGAUUGCUGAAUUAAAAAAAGCGCUUACAAUUUCAGAAAGUUUAGCAGAGAAUUUACAAAAAGAUCUUUUAAAUAUACAUUCAGAAUCUAAAAAACAGGUAGUACUAUUGGUAAAUCAAAUUAGCGAUAUCAGUUCUGCGAAAAGCAAUGAAGAGGCAGCAAGAAAGAUUUUAGAAAUGCAAAGUCAGACAUUAAUUAAAGAACUAACAGAUAAGAACAAAGUUUGCAAUGAAGCUUUAGAUCAUUUAGAGAAUGAAAAGUUAAAUCUCAACAAUGAAAAAGAGAAACUUGAAUCAUCAAUUAAAAGUUUAAAAGAAAAAUAUGCAUUAGAGAAUGAUACCUUGAACAAGCAGUUACAAAUGUUACAGCAAAAUUUACAAAACUUAAUAACAGAAAAGCAGCAAUUAGAAGCAAAUCUCUUACAAAAUAAAGCAUUUUAUGAUCAAAAUGAAAUAGAUAGGGAAAAAAAGCAUGAAGAUGACUUGUUUAAAAGCAAAUUGGAGUUGCUAGCAUCAACAGCAAAAGAAUGUGAGGAAAUAAUUCAGGAAACACUUAAUAUAUUUAAUGACCUUCGACAUGAAAAUGGCACCACUUGUUCUAGUGAAUAUCUAAAAUUAAGAUUGGAAGGUUUAAAUGAGAAGAUACUUAAUACCAACGAGAGUUAUUCUUCUUUUUAUGACAAUCAUCAAGAUGUUAUUCCACUUGUGAAUCAUAUCAAUUCUACAUGUCAUCGUAUUAGUGAUGCAAUGAUUAAUGGGAAGGCUACAUCUCACAUGGGAGAAGCAGAAGAUUCUCAAAAUAUUGUUGCAGCGUGUAAAAACAUAGGAUAUAAAACAUUGAAUUAUCUUACUAGUUUUAAACUAAAUCAGGUACCUGAUUUGGUAAAGAUUGAAGGCAGCCAUGUACAGCAAGCAAUAUUAUCUCUGCAAAAAAUAACAGAGGAUAUUAUUUUAAAGCAACAAUCUGAAAUCUCAAAUAAAAAUGAAAAUAUUGUUGAUGAAGAAAUUCAGGCUACUGAACAGAUUGUUGCUGAUGCAGCUCUUCGAAUUGAGGAAAUGUUAAACAAAUCUCGUAAAACGCAUACUGGAAUUCAACUUGAAGUUAAUGAAAGAAUUUUGGAUUCGUGCACAGGUCUUAUGAGGGCUAUUCGUGAGUUGAUUUUGAAAUCAAAAGAUUUGCAGGAAGAAAUUGUUAUGCAGGGAAGGGGUUCAGCCUCAGUAAAAGAGUUUUACAAACGUCAUCAUAAAUGGGCUGAGGGCUUGUUAUCUGCAGCUAAAUCUGUAGGCUAUGGUGCAACAAUACUUGUUGAUGCAGCUGACAAAGUUAUAGAAGGCAAAGGAAAGUUUGAAGAACUUAUUGUUGCUUCACAUGAAAUUGCUGCAUCAACUGCACAAUUGGUUGCUGCAUCACGUGUCAAAGCUUCGAAAAAUAGUCAAAAACUUCCUCCUUUAAUGACAGCUUCUAAAAACGUUGGUGAAGCCACAGCUGGUGUUGUUGCCGCUGUAAAAAGUGGGGCAUCAAUGACAGAAGAACUAAAAGCUGUUCCAGAUUAUUCAAAAAUGACUUUAACACAAGCUAAAAGAUACGAGAUGAACAGCCAGGUUCGGAUUCAUGAACUUGAAAAUGAACUGCAGAAAGAGCGAGAAAAUCUUGGUCAGUUACGUAAAGCUCAUUAUCAAAUUGCCGUCGAACUUUACGGCGAAGAACAGGUGAAUUUAAGUUAAAAUUUCAUUGGAGAAUAAUAGUGAGAAAUAUGUUGACGAUGAAGCGGUAGGUAAUGUCGAAAUGCAUAAUAAUCAAAUGUAAAACUUUGAAAACGAAAGAGAACGGGAUCAUCGUAAAUAUCUAUGUAUAGAUUUAACACUUUGUACGAUAUUUAACAAGUUAAUAUAUUACCACAUGUUAUGAUAUAUAAAAUUGGUAUAUGCUCUUAUUAUAAAUGAUUGUUGACGAUUUUUAAAGUCUUGAA